CCCAACUGAUAACCCUGUCUGCACUCAAGGUCACUUUUUGCUAAAACUGCAACUUCCUAAAUUCGACAUAUCCCAUAAAUUCCAUGUAACUGAUAUACCUGACUUACCCUACGAUGGAAUAAUGGGCUCAGAUUUCCUUAAUGCACACAAUUGUAAUAUAAAUUAUAAUAACAAUAUCCUUUACAUUAGAAACACAUCCAUUAGACUACACUUUCAUGAGCCUGCCUAUAUAAUACCUCCUAGAACGGAAACUAUUAUCGAAUGCUCUGUAUCAAAUCCUGAGGUAAAAGAAGGAUUAGUCCUUGAUCAGAAACUUUCUGAAACUUUACUAGUAGCUAAUUGUAUAGUCCAUGUAAAAGAAAAUAAUAGAAUAAAUAUAUCCAUUGCUAAUACAUCCGAAGAACCCGUAACUGUCAAAUCCAACCUAAACUUAAAACUCGAUCCCUUUAAUCCCAAAGUCCUGUCAGAACAUUCAAAUGAAUGCAUAAAUCAUAUAAAUCUUACUACUAAUAGUUUCAAAAGAACACAAGAAGUGUUAAAACAAGUCCGCACUUUUCAUCUUAAUAAAGAAGAAAAAGACAAUCUUCUACAAUUAUGUUCCGACUUUUCUGAUAUAUUUCAUCUCCCAGGAGAGAUCCUAACUCAUACCAACGCUCUCAAGCAUGAAAUCAAAACAACUACCGACAAUCCCAUACACACAAAAUCCUACAGAUUCCCCGAAGUCCAUAAAGCCGAAGUCCACAAUCAGAUAAAUAAAAUGUUAGAGCAAAAUAUCAUAGAACCCUCUGAUUCCCCCUGGUCAUCACCCAUAUGGGUUGUUCCAAAGAAACUAGAUGCCUCUAAUGUACAAAAAUGGAGAGUUGUAAUCGACUACCGUAAACUUAAUGAUAUCACUAUAGGUGAUACUUACCCUAUACCUCAAAUCACUGAAAUUUUAGAUCAACUUGGCAAUAGUAAAUACUUCUCUACUUUAGAUCUGUCAUCCGGUUUUCACCAAAUUCAAUUAAAUGAAGCAGAUAAAUCGAAAACUGCCUUCACAAUUCCUGAAGGACACUUCCAAUUCACAAGAAUGCCAUUUGGGCUCAAAAAUGCCCCUUCAACAUUCCAAAGACUCAUGAAUUCUGUACUGUCGGGCCUCCAAGGUACCCGCUGUUUUGUCUACCUUGAUGAUAUAGUCUGCUAUGGGUAUGACCUUAAAUCCAGCAUCCAAAAUCUGACAGAAAUCUUCCAAAGAAUCCGUAACUUUAACCUCAAACUUCAGCCGGACAAGUGCGAAUUCCUCAGACGAGAAGUUUGUUAUUUAGGACACGUAAUCACAGAGCAAGGUGUAAAACCUAACCCUGAAAAGGUCAAAGCCGUAACUUCUUUUCCAAUUCCAAAUAAUCCCAAGGACGUGAAAUCGUUUCUUGGCCUAGUUUCCUACUAUCGUCGUUUCAUCCCCGAUUUCUCUAAAAAGGCAAAAGCCCUUACUAAUCUUUUAAAGAAGGAUGUACCCUUUAAGUGGGAAAAUCAGCAACAACUUGCUUUUGACACACUCAAGGAAGAACUUACCUCUGCACCUCUCCUGAUAUACCCAGAUUUUACCAAACCUUUUAUUCUUACCUGUGACGCAUCUAAUCAUGCCGUCGGCGCUGUACUCUCUCAAGGACCUGUGGGAAAGGACCAACCUAUAGCUUUUGCCUCACGCACACUCAAUAAGAGUGAAUCCAACUACAGCACAACCGAAAAAGAGCUGUUAGCCAUAAUAUAUGGAUGUAAGACAUUCCGCCCUUAUAUAUAUGGGUAUAAAUUUAUCAUCGUCACAGACCACAGACCCUUGAAAUGGCUAUUUAAUCAUAAAGAUCCAAGUAGUAAACUCCAAAGAUGGAGAUUAAAAUUAGAGGAAUAUGACUACGACAUAAUAUAUCGCAAAGGUAAACUAAAUUCAGCUGCUGAUGCCCUCUCUCGAUAUCCUGUCAAUCCUAUCUAUCCAAAAAAUCAUACCAACCUGAACCCUAAUAAUGAUGAAAUUCCUGACGAUGACCUACAAAACCUUCUAAUAUCUCCUUCCAGCCUAGAAGCCGAUCUAGCUGAUCCUGAAAUAAAUAACGAAUUACUAGAUUAUUUGAAUGAUAUGUUAGACAAUGAAUCUCCUGGAAAACAACCAGAACCACAACUUUCAUCAAAUCAAGAAAACCUCGAAAUCUUACCUUCUUCUGUCCAGUCUGCACCUGAAAGUCCUCCUCUAGUACCUGAAAACUUACUUUCUGAUCGAACUGCACCUGAAACUCCACCUUUAAUACCCGAAGAUUCACCUUCUUCUAACCAGACUACACCUGAAACUUCAUCUAUACAGUUCGGAUCAGAUGAAACCUAUAAUACUUUCCUAAAAGCAUCCAAAAAUGUACACGACACUCUUAUUAUAGAACAUAAUGAAAAUCUACUUAAAACCACACAAAACCUCAUUAUUAUACCUACCUCCAUAGACUUGGAUGAGUCUAUGCCUUACAUUCAGGAAAUCAUUAAUAGUUGUUCAGAACCCGAUCGGAGUAAUUUCUUAAAACAUGAAAGGUCAUUAUUUACCUCUCUACCUCUCACUAUUAGAAAUAAGACUUACCUUUUCUCAUUCACAAAAGUUCACCAUUUUGACGACUUGUCCUACCCGGAUAUAUUUAAAUCCAUAAAAUAUGUGCGGGACGAGAUUAUAAUGACAUACCCUACUAUAAACGAAGUUAGCAUAGCAGAUUUUAGGAAUCCCUUCGAUAGACACUCCUUCGUAAAAAUCUAUAAUAUUCUCAGCUAUCUUUUUGACGGAACCAAUAUUAAAAUCCAUAUAUAUCAUAAUGAUAUCAUAUAUCCUUCUUUAAAUGAAAUUCCUAAAAUUUUAAAAGAGAACCAUGACAUCCCUAUCGCCGGACACUUAGGAUCUUCUAGAAUGCUAAACCGUAUAAAUGAUAGAUAUUAUUGGAAAAACAUGCGAAGUGACAUAGAAAACUACGUAAAAAACUGUACAUCCUGUCAAAUAAACAAAGCCUUACGCAAAACAAACAGAGCUCCCAUGAUAAUAACUUCCACUUCUACGUCACCAUUCGAAAGAUUGUCCAUUGAUAUUGUAGGUCCUUUACCUGAAUCCGGAACAGCCAAACUUAAAUUCAUACUAACUAUGCAAGACGAUCUUACGAAAUUCUCGCUAGCAUAUCCUCUUCGUAGUACUACUGCAGAAGAAUCCUGCGAAUGCCUGCUCCAUUUUAUUUCAUUAUUCGGAAUUCCUAAACAUAUACUCACUGACCAAGGCACCAACUUCACCGCAGACUUAUUCAAGAAAACCUGCGAAUUUCUAAAAAUAAAACAGUUGUGGUCCAGCCCUUAUCAUCCCCAAACACAAGGCGCCUUGGAAAGGUCACAUUCUACUCUCAAAGAGUAUUUAAAGUCAUAUGCCAAUGAAAAUCAAGACAACUGGCCCCGUUAUGUCUACACAGCCAUGUUAGCAUAUAAUACCGCCGUACACUCUACCACACACUAUUCACCUUACGAACUAUUAUUCGGGCACAAACCUCGCAUUCCAGACUCCGUUUAUGGUGACGCCUCUAGUGUUACUUACCCCGAAUACGUAAAAAUGUUGCAACAUCGCCUAAGGCAUUCUCGAAAUAAAGCCUUAGCGCUCAUACAAAAAUCUAAAAUUAGUUCUAAGACUUAUUAUGACAAUCGUACUCGCCCAAUAGAAUACAAGGUUGGCGACUAUGUAUUACUUAAAAAUCAUCUUAGAUUACGUAAAGCCUUAUCACCUCUCUGGAAGGGCCCAUAUAAAAUCGUCAAAGUCCAUGGUAACCACACUUUAUCAUUGUUAAUAAAUAAAAGGCAUGUAAAACAUCACUUUGAUGAGGUGAAACCUGUGGAAACUCACGAAGUUUAAAUUAGGUUUAGGUAUAAGUUUAUAUUUUAGUUACUAAUAUAGAUAGGCACUAGGUCAUACAGGUAAAACUAAGUAAAGUCUCUUUCCUUACAGCAUACUGGCCCAAGGUCAUCCGGAAUUUAUUCAUCAAAUCAACGUGAGCUCCGGAAUUUACUUUGACCCUAUCGGUGAACUUAAAAUCCGUAUGAGUCAUUUAGACGUGGUCACCCCACUCGAUAUCUCGCACAUUGAACCCCACUUGCAAAAUAUAAACUCAGUAUUAGGUACAACACGCUACAUAUGUAACCAAAUUAGAUUAGAAAAAUCAUAUAAUUUACAAUGUAAUAACCUGUUAGAACCCUUAACAAUAAGAUAUCAUGACAUUGUCUCUGAAUAUUCCACUAUUUCGCACUUAGUAAAUAAAAGAUCUAGAAGAGGAGCCUGGAUAGGUGCCGUUGGUUCUCUCUCCAAAAUCGUGUUUGGGACCCUUGAUGAAAAUGACGCCAUAAAAUAUGACAAUGCCAUUCGAAAUGUUCAAGAUAACGAAAAAAGACUGAGCUCAUUAAUAAAAGAUAAUAUCCUAAUAACAUCUGAAGUUUUGACAAAUUUUAAUAAAACAUUACAAAGUAUACAACUUAAUGAGGUCAGCCUUAAUCUAGUUAUCGAUAAUUUCUCUUCAACAUUAAAAAAUAUUACUUUAAUUUCAAACGAAUUAGUUGUAAAGACGAAUAUAGAUUUUAUACUCAAUAGUUUAGAAGCAUCUAUACUCACCUUAUCAUUCCACCUCGAAGACAUAACAAACGCUAUUAUUUUUAGUAGUCAAAACAUCCUGCACCCGGCCGUAUUACCGCCCACGCACUUAUACCAAGAAAUUGUCAAUAAUUACAGAUACUUACCUGUAGACCUUAAGUUACCUGUAAGCUUAACAUUAAGUAACAUACAUAUUAUUACAAAUGUAUCCAGUGUAGUGUGUUAUAGUAUAGGCAACAAGAUUAUUUUUGUUCUGAAAAUACCUCUAGUGUCCCCUAAAGAUUAUAGUUUGUAUCAUAACAUAGCAUUGCCAACUCCUCAUAUUAAAGAUAAACCUAAUACUUUUAGUUUCAUAAGACCUAGUAGUAAAUAUAUAGCAAUGACCAUAGACAAAUCCGAAUAUUGUAACCUUGAUUCGUUAAAGGAAUGCAUAACGAUAAGCCCGCGCGAGUACAUCUGUGACGUUAUGACAGUGUUCCCGUCCAGUGUUAACCCCUGUUGUGAAAGUGAGUUAUUGUCCAAUACAAUAAGUGUUCUCCCCGUGCAGUGUAAAACAGACUUCUUUUAUGGAUACGUAGAUUUAUGGCAACCACUCGAUAAUAAUAAUUGGCUAUAUGUACAAUCUAAAAGCAGUAAACUUUACAUUGAAUGUCCUAAAGAAAAACUUGUUGAUAUUAACAUUAUCGGAACAGGAAUUUUAACUAUUCCUAAUAACUGUAUGGCCCACUGUAAAAGUACAAAAUUGAUACCUAAAUUUGAUAAUGUAAAAAUAAAUGUUAAUAUUGUUUACUCUAACUUCAACUUAAUUAAUGAUUCUUGUUGCACUUUAGAUAAGUUUAAUAAAAUAAUAAGUAAUGAGCCUCCCCUUAAGUUGCAUAAUAUAAAUCUAGAUUCAUUCACGUUAGAAACAAAAUCUAAACUAAAUUCCAUUGCUAAAGAAACAGAUAAAAUUCUAAAUGAACAUCAAAUUAUUAAAUACGAGACUCAUUACUCAAUUAUUACUAUAGUUAUAAUUUGUGUAAUCUUAAUCUUUUGUAUAACCAAACUUAUUAUGUAUAUUAAAUCGCGCAACUGUCUAUCCCGUCGCCUUCCCGAUACUAUUCCUCCAAUCCCUGCAGUUUCUCCAACUGAUCAGAUUCCAAUUGCAGAGAAUAUUACUCCCGCUAAAUUCAGUAAACCUUGUUCCGUUAAGGAAAAUAUACCAUCUCCCAGUAUAAGAAUUAAUGUUUAACCCUAAGUGGUUUUCCUCUUUACAAUUCUUCCUAAACAUAGUUUCAACCCUAUGUUUAGUCUACCCCAAGGAGGUGUUAUACUAUACAUAUGCACCCUUUAGUGCUUACAUCACUCACAGACUGCUGCAUCAGCAGAUUCGGUUGCGACGUUAGUCGCUAGUCCAUUCCUUUCAGUCAGUCGAAAUCGAGCUCCUUUCCAUGCUAGACGGUUGCCUCAAAUCAA